UUAAUUUCUUACAUCCCCAUUUUCAACGUAUUUACGCACGUAUCGCGUGCGUAUAAAAUUAGUGCACAUAAAACUUUAUGAUCAAUCCCAUCGUCUUGACCAACCCGAUACUCAACCCAACCCAGCCUGACCGACCCGAUUGCUCGUCAUGACAUAGAGUGUGGUCGGUAGUUUCAAAAGAAGCGUUUUCUGAUUUUGUUUUCUUCUUUGAUUGAUUUUUCUCUAAAUUUCUAACAUAAGGACGUUGAUCAUCAGUCAUCACCUCGAUUAAGAGAGGGAAAAAAGUGACAUUUGCGGGCUUCAAUUUGUUCAAAGGAGGUUUAUUGUCAAACUUAUGUAAAAAUGAGGUGGAUUAAGAACUUGCAGCAAAUUGUUAGGUAUAGUGUGUCAAGCAAUUAUGUGUUAAAGGGUAAUAAUCCAACUGGUAUUAUCAAUGCCAGUAGAAGUUCAAUUCUUGGCUUAUAUCAAUUACAUGGAGGAGAAUUUGAUUUUGAUGGGAAACCCCAAUUGUCCAAAAAUGCUAUAGCUAUGCCGGAGUCUCGCCGGUUUAAGCAUAGUGCCCGGAAGGACCCCGAAUUGGACCGAGAUUUUCUUGCUCGGCUUUGGGGUUUGGACAAGGAAAUGGCAAAGAAAUUAGAGAGAAGGAAUAUGGCACACAAUAGGUUUAAGGGUUAUAAAGAAGAGUAUGGUUCAGAAAAGCAUGUAUUUGAGCAACCCCCUCUUAGUCAAUCUACUACUGGAUAUUUGGCUCCCACUUCGUCUGAGGAGGUUCAAAUCGCUCCUCUUCUUGCUAGGUCAAAUUUGUUGAUUACCCGACAUAUAGAAUGGGCAAACCUUGUGUUUGGCUUUGAGCAGGAAAAUCGGUAUGCAAUAGUGGAUGUAUGCUACCCUGGGUCUCCUGUAGGUUUUAUCCGUGAACAGAGUAAUGUCCUUUUAAGACAGUUUCUUCGUCUGAGACGUCCCUUCAUUGCAUGCAUAACUGAUGCACUGGGCAAUGAGCUAUUCAGGAUUCGCCGGCCCUUCUGGUGGAUUACCAGCUCAAUUCACGCUGAGGUUAACGGAAAGGAGAUUGGUGUGGUACACCAACGAUGGCAUCUCUGGAGGAGGAUUUAUGAUUUAUAUUUGGGGAAUAAGCAGUUCGCUGUGGUUGAAAAUCCUGGUUUGUGGAACUGGACAUUUACUAUGAAGGACAUCGAUGGAAACGUGCUUGCACAGAUAGAUCGUGAUUGGAGAGGAUUUGGUUUAGAGGUGCUGACAGAUGCUGGACAAUAUGUCAUCAGAUUUGGGAGUUCUGAUCCUGUAUUAAAAACUGGCCUUGCAGGACAGGUUGAGGACUUGGAAAUUGCCCGUCCAUUGACCCUUUCAGAGAGAGCAGUUGCUCUAGCUCUUGCUGUGUCACUGGAUAAUGACUUUUUCUCUCGACAUGGGGGCAGCUGGUUCUUGGGCAUUCCGUUUAUCAUGACUGAGUAGAAUAAUAUGGUAUAUGGCGUUGUGGCAUCCCAAACGGACAUAAUUUACAAACUGAACUACUCAAGUAUGAAUCAGAGGAAUUCAUUUCCAUGGUCUUGAAUCCAUCAUGUCCUUCAGGAACCAGCUAUAGAAGGGCUAAUACACCUAACUGUACUUGUAACGUAGACAAGGGCAGAGGGUUUUUUUUUUAUGGUUUCUGGCAAAUUAAUCUGUAAGUGUACGAUUCGGCACGUAGAGCACAUUAUUGGCCUAUCUGUUUAAGGCUGGUACUGACACUCCUGUGAACGUAAUUACUGUAGAAAGGCACUUUUUUUGGUGGUUUUGCUAAACAUAGCUCUUACUCCGUUUCAUAGGACUUUAUACAAGCCUUACUGUGAUUCCCGAAAUGGUACAAAGUUGAAAAUUGUCAAGAAGCCUCAAUGUAUUUCUCAAAAUGGUGUUAAGUUGUAAAUCUAUAAUAAACUCAGGCACCAUUUGGUGUUGGUGCUAUUACAUGUUUAAGGUUUCUUUUUGUUAGCUUCUUUUUCAUCUAUUUCUUUUUCUUGCUCAAGACAUUUACUAUAAAUUACCAACUUUGUAUAACAGGAACUCAUUAUUGCCUAUUGCGGGCCAAGCUAAUGAUAUUUGUGAUGUUUUUGUUCUGAUUA